AUGCCCAAGGCUGCCACAAAGUCCAAGUCCCGCAAGGCCGCCGAUAAGGCUGAGAAAGCACCUAGGAAGGGCAAGAAAGACCCGAAGGCACCCAAGCGCGCCCUCUCCGCAUACAUGUUCUUCAGCCAAGACUGGCGAGAGAGAAUCAAGGCUGAGAAUCCCGAUGCUGGGUUCGGUGAAGUUGGCAAACUCCUUGGAGCUAAGUGGAAGGAGAUGGACGAUGAGGACAAGAAGCCAUAUGUUGAGCAAGCUAACAAAGAUAAGACACGGGCCGAAGAGGAAAAGAACGCUUACGAUGAUCGCAAGAAGAGCGAAGAGAAAGAAGAAGCGAAAGACGAGGACGACGAGGACGACGAUUAA